UUAUUCUCUUCAAUGUUUUUCGAUGUGGUAUUUUUCGCCUGUCUUGUCAUUAAAUUGACCAUCACAUCACGUGAUCACUUCAUGUGCGUUUGUCGUUUUCUGCACGGAGAACAUGGCUGGGCUUCAACAUUUGACAAAUGAAGUCAAGCCCAAUAUGGUUACCGGAGUUCAUGCCCAAAACCAUCUUCCUCUACAAGUUCAAAAUUCUUCGUUAACCCGGAAGAGCAAACUUCAUCUGCUGGAGUAUCCAUGUCCGUACGAUCAAGAAACAACUUCUCGGCUUGUCGUCGCUGGAGGCAAACCUCAGAUUUUGAUAACGAUUCUAAUCAGGGUUAGGAGGUAAACCCUAAUUCUGGUUAGAUUUCGAGUUGAAUACAAAGCUUGGUAUUUAUUAAGUUCAACUGGAUAUGAAGAAGUGAUUUUUAACUGCAACAACUUAUGUUUCUUCAGUAUGGUCCAGAAACUAUAGGCGCUCUGUUGCACCAAUGCUCUAAACUAAAGGCAUUUCGCCAAGGGUGUUCCCUUCAUGCUGUUGCUUCGAAAACAGGAAUAAGUUCUGAUGUUAUUGUCUCCAACCAUCUACUUAAUAUGUAUGCCAAGUCUGGGAAUACUGGGUAUGCUAGACAACUGUUCGACGAAAUGGCUGAAAGGAACUUGGUGUCUUGGUCAGCUAUGAUCUCUGGUUAUGACCAGGCGGGGGAGCCACUAUUGGCACUUGACCUUUUUUCUCAAAUGCAAUUUGUGCCCAAUGAGUACAUAUUUGCUAGUGCUAUCAGUGCUUGUGCCAGACUUUUGGCUCUGGGGCAAGGGCAACAAAUUCAUGCUCAGUCGUUGAAAUUCGGCUAUGCAUCGAUUUCUUUUGUUUCCAACUCUCUCAUUUCAAUGUACAUGAAAUGUGGCCAGUGCAGCAAUGCCCUAUCAGUCUAUGAUGGGGAUGCUGAACUGAAUUCAGUAACUUAUAAUGCCUUGAUUACUGGGUUCUUAGAUAACCAACAAUCUGAAAAGGGAUUUGAGGUGUUUCGACUUAUGCUCCGACAAGGUCUUGUGCCAGAUAGAUUUACUUUUGCGGGAUUACUGGGUAUUUGCACCAGUUUAGAGGAUUUAGAGAGAGGAUCAGCAAUGCAUUGCCAAACAAUCAAGCUUAACCUACACUCCACCCCCUUUAUUGGCAAUUUGAUAAUAACAAUGUAUUCAAAAUUCAAUUUAGCAGAAGAAGUACAAAAAGUCUUCAGAUUGAUAAACGACAAAGAUGUCAUUUCGUGGAACACCUUUAUAGCUGCUUGUUCCCAUUGUAGUCAUCAUGAAAGGGGUUUGACAGCUUUCAAAGAGAUGUUAGUUGAGUCUUGUAUGAGGCCUGAUGAUUAUACAUUUGCCAGUGCCCUUGCUACCUGUUCAGGGCUUGCCUCGAUACAUCAUGGCAAGCAAAUUCAUGGUCAUCUAAUGCGGCAUGGGCUGAAUCAAGAUGUAGGAGUUGGCAAUGCAAUUGUUAACAUGUAUGCUAAAUGUGGUUCCAUCGGAUAUGCUUAUAAUGUGUUUUACAAGAUGUCUCAUCACAACCUGGUCUCGUGGAAUACUAUUAUUGCUGGAUUUGGAAAUCACGGUCUUGGAAGGAGUGCCCUUGAGCUUUUUGAGCAGAUGAAGGCAAAGGGGGUAAUGCCAGAUUCUGUUACGUUUCUUGGACUUUUAACAGCUUGCAAUCAUGCAGGUCUGGUGGAUGAGGGCCAGUUUUACUUCAACUCCAUGGAAUCCGUUCAUGGUAUUACUCCUGACAUUGAGCAUCUUUCUUGUCUGAUUGAUUUGUUGGGACGAGCUGGGAGAUUAUAUGAAGCAGAAGAUUAUAUGAAAAGAUUUCCUUUCGGGUAUGAUGUGGUGAUUCUAGGGAGCUUGCUUUCUGCAUGUCGUGUACAUGGAGAUGUUGUCAUGGGUGAACGUUUAGCUAGGCAGCUUCUGAAGCUUCACCCAAUAACUACAUCGCCUUAUGUUUUAUUGUCAAACUUGUAUGCUUCAGACGACAUCUGGGAUGGUGUUGCGGAGGCAAGGAACAUGUUGAAGGUUAGUGGAUUGAAGAAGGAGCCUGGCCACAGUCUGAUUGAAGUAAGUGGAGUCUUUGAAAAAUUCACGAUUGGUGAUUUUUCACAUUCAAGAAUCGAGGAGAUAAAGGCCAUUCUCAAUAUUUUAAGUUGGGUUGUGGUUGAAGAUUAUUUGAACCCUUUAUUUCUCCUUGACCUGGACUUUCGGAUCUUGCAGGCAGAUUAUAAAGCAUCAAGUUGUAUAUACAACGGAUAAUUGCUUUUUGCAAUAUUGAUUUGUAUAAUAUUCUAAUGGAAAUUGCCUAUGAUUCAUGUGAGCAAGUACAAAACAAGGUGAUGACUUCAGAUGGAAUUGUUUUUGGCAACAAAUACAUUCUUUGCAGGGAGGGAAAUGUUAUCAGGGUCUAUUAUGAGGUCGUGUGGUGUUGUUAUGGAGCUUCAGGGAAUGGUAUUCCUUGAUAAAUGGAAUCUAAAAUGAUUGCUGAUAACGUAGUGCAAGUGCUUCUUAUUUGUGUCAGACUGCUUGCAUCCAUGAGAAAUGUCGAAUAUGAUAGAAAUUCUUGAUUCACGUUUUUCAGUUAGUAAGAAGACAAUAUGGCGAACUUGUGGUUUUGUUGGAGCCGAAGAUGCCAUUACUUUUUUAUUACAAAUGACACAUUAAUUCUUCUCUCCGUCAGUCACAGAACAAAAACUUGUGGUUGUUGUUGGAGCCGAAGAUGCCAUUACUUUUUUAUUACAAAUGACACAUUAAUUCUUCUCUCCUUCAGUCACAGAACAAGGUACCCAGUGAAAGCCUCAUUUUGACUACUGAUUUUGUUGAUCAGAUGUGUGGGGAGUAAUGGUUUUCUGCAUUUUGAUUCUCUUAUGAAUACGUUUUCAGGCUUGAUAUCUUUCGAUAUGUCUAUAUACCCCUUGAUGGUGUCUACUUCCUUUUGAGAUAUGAUGUCUGGCCAUUUCAACUUUUCUAACUCUCUUGCUUUGUAUGAGCUUUUUUUUUUUUAAUUACGGAUGAUUGUUGGAGAAGUUGCAGGUCCGAUAAUUCAUAAUUUGCUGUGUUUAGAAUAAGAGACAUGCUUCUGAGGAGUGAGCUCCAUUUGUAUAAGUGGUCAAGUUCCUCACCACCCUGCCUAAAGGCAAGGGUGCAAACUUCAAAAUCCCAUUCUGAUUGAAUGAUCAAAAGAAUCUAGAUUUUCAAAUUUCACUAGUUGCAGAAAAUAAUUUCAUACUCUGAUCGUGUGAAUUUUGUAUUAUCAACUGUCUUCGACAUGUAACUUUACAUUUCCACAUAAAAAGUUUGGAAGAUAGUACAACUAUGAUACUAAUUGGGUUUUCUUUUCAUCUAACCAUUAAAUGGUUGAUAGCAGAUCUAAAUAUGUUUUGGUUUCUUCUUCCAUGGAUUGCACUUGUAAAUAUACAAGUUUAGUGCUGCUUCCAGUCCUCAUUAUCUGUCUGCAGGCUCAAGGUAAAGGCAAUAAACAGUUUAUUUCCAUAAUUUCAAUUAUGGAGACAAAUGUUUGGAAUUCUUUACACUUUUUGUAGUAAUAUUUACUCGGGAAGUUGAAGACUCCGGAUUCACAGCCUUUUUGGUGCCUUUUAGUUGUUAUUGAUGUCGUUUAUCCUGUAGCGUAAGAAUGAAUGUGGUACUUGAAGCCUGAUAUGCCAUGGAAACAUCAGCACCUACUCAAGGAAUUGUAUUAAAGAAGAAGCCAGUAACCCUCUGCACAACUGAGCCACUUAAGCUCAUCUGUUUGGCUUCAAUGUCAGCAUGCACAAUGAUCAAUUCAUUUGAAGAGAUCCAUGUAAUUUUCCAUUGGAAGACACUUCAGUUUUGACAGAUUUCUGUGCAAAAAACAUGCUGGUGCUUGAGAUUUCCAGAGACCUCUUGCAUGCCAUGUUCAAGCUGGUAAUGAGUGAAUCAGUCGAUGUUCAAGCUAGUGUAAAAUGAGUGGCCAAAGUGAAACAAAUGGAACGUGAGGGACUGAGAUGUAACAGGGGCUAUCUAUCAGUGGCCAAAAGUGUACUUUCCUCAACUCUCUUGCUUUCGAUCAGCUUUUUUUGUUUUAUUACGGAUUAUUCUUGGAGAAGUUGCAGGUCAAAUAAUUUGCUGUGUUUAGAAUAAGAGACAUUCUUCUGAGGAGCUCCAUUUGUUUAAAUGGUCAAGUUCCUCACUACCCUGCCUAAAGGCAAGGGUUCAAAAUCCCAUCCCCAUUGAACGAUCAAAAGAAUCUAGAUUUUCAAAUUUCACUAGUUGCAGAAAAUUAUUUCAUACUUUGAUCUUGUGAAUUUUGUAUUAUCAACUGUCUUCGACAUGUAACUUUACCUUUCCACAUGAAAACUUUAGAAGAUAGUAAGAGUAUGUUACUAAUUGGGUCUUCUUUUCAGGUAACCAUUAAAUGUUGAUAGCAGAUAUAAAUCUUUUUUGAUUUCUUCUUCCAUGGAUUGGUAAAGAUACAAGCUUAGUGCUGCUGUGAGUCCUCAUUAUCUGUCUGCAGGCUCAAGGUAAAGGCAAUAAACAGUUUAUUUCCAUAAUUUCAAUUAUGGGGACAAAUGUUUGGAAUUCUUUACACUUUUUGUAGUAAUAUUUACUCAGGAAGUUGAAGAGUCCGGAUUCACAGCCUUUUUGGUGCUUUUUAGUUGUUAUUGAUGUCGUUUAUCCUGUAGCGUAAGAAUGAACGUGGUACUUGAAGCCUGAUAUGCCAUGGAAACAUCAGCACCAACUCAAGGAAUUGUGUUAAAGAAGAAGCCAGUAACCCUCUGCACAACUGAGCCACUUUAAGCUCAUCUGUUUGGCUUCAAUGUCAGCAUGCACAAUGAUCAUUUGAAGACAUCCAUGUAAUUAUCUAUUGGAAGAUGCUUCAGUUUUGACAGUUUUUUGCGCAAAAACAUGAUGGUACUUGAGAUUUCUGGAGACCUCCUGCUGGCCAAACAUGAGUUGAUGGAGAACACGCGCUUACGACUUGCUUGUGAAAUUUGUGAAUCAGUGAAUGUUGCUUGUGAAAUUUGUUCCAAAAUGAGUUUGUUAGCUGCCUCUGUGUGGUGAACUCCAUCCCAAGAUGUGGAUCAUUGUUGUGUUAUCCUCUGCUUUGUCUAGCAUGUCAUUUGGUACAUUUUCACUUGGAAAAGAUAUUGCCUGGCAUCCCAUUGAUCCUGCAUUGUGGAUCCAAAACGCUUUUGCUCCCAAAUUUUAUAGAUUCUGCAAAAUACAUACACAAUAAAUAAUCCCGAUUUCUCUUA